AUGGCGCUUCCAUAUGACCGGUCCAUUGCCGAUAUUGCCUAUUAUGUCUUCCAUUAUGAGAUAGACGACAACAACAAUGCGAUAUGGAAAAGAGCACGGAUGGCACUACUCGACACCCUAGGAUGUGCCAUCGAAACCGCAGCCAUAAGUCUCGAAUGUCGAAACCUAUUGGACGCAGGACUCGGCGAGACAUCGACGCCGCAUGGGUUUCGGGUUCCAGGGACAGACUUACAAGUAGAUCCCGUUGAAGGCACCUUUGCCUUCGGUGCUUUGAUUCGGUACUUAGAUCAUAAUGAUGCGCUUGGUGGUGUAGAGUGGGGUCACCCUUCAGAUAACCUCGCAAGUAUCCUUGCCGUGAUGGAUUGGCUGUCGCGGGCAUCGGUAUCGGGAACAUAUAUCCACAAGGGACCACCUUUGACACUGCAUACGCUACUUAUUGCAUUGACCAAAGCCUACGAGAUACAAGGAUGUUAUCAAAUGGGCAACUCGUUCAAUGCUUAUGGCAUCGAUCAUGUCGUACUAGUUAAAUUGGCAUCGACAGCCACGGUCUCCUGGUUACUUGGACUCACUGAAGAGGAAGCUAUGGCAUCGAUUUCGCAUGUCUGGUUGGACGGGCAGCCAACCCGUGUCUAUCGGUCCCGCGAUAACACAAUUCCACGAAAAGGUUGGGCGGCAGCCGAUGCUGCUCGGCGCGGAGUGCAACUCGCAUUGUAUGUUCGGGCAGGUCAGCCCGGUGCUGCACAGGCCCUAAGUGCAAAGCCGUGGGGGUUCUGGUCGAGAACGUUUGGCGAACAAGGCUUCCACUUUCCCCAGCCGUUUGGAACAUGGACAAUCCAAAAUGUGCUGUUCAAGACGGUGCCAGUGGAAGGGCACGCAGUUUCGGCCGUUGAAGCAGCUCUCAUUCAGUUGCGCAGGUUCCAGGGGAAAGCUUUGUCGAAUCCAGCGGCGCAGAUACAAAGGAUUGAACUGCGAACCACUGCGGCAGCCAACUUGAUCAUCAACAAAACGGGGCCAUUGCGAAAUGCUGCCGAUCGCGAUCACUGCCUUCAAUAUGUCGUUGCUCUGACCAUCUUGAAGGGUGCCGCUCCCGACACCAGAGACUAUCUAGAUACAAGUCCAUGGACGACCUGCGAGUAUCUGACCCAUCUCCGGGAUAAAAUUCUUGUUGUCCCUGAUCAUGAUCUAACCCAGGACUACCUGAAUCUGGACAAGAAAAGUAUCGCCAACGGCCUGACUGUCAUAUUCAACGACGGGUCAGUCUUUCCAGAAGUUUUGGUCGAAUUCCCUGUUGGACACAUGCGACAUCCAAAGACCGAGACCGCAGUCGAAGCAAAAUUUCAGCAAAAUAUGGCACACAUGUUUUCCCGAAUAGAGACAGCACAUAUUCUGGAGGAAGUCCAGCAGGACGAUAUGCUAGUUCAUGACUUUGUGGACCUGCUUGCUCGUCCGACAGCCGAUGCGAAACUGUAG